CAUUAUCAUCUACAACUACAAUUGCUGCUAACCGUAUUCCUCCCCACCAUCCAGAAACACACAAUCGUUGCAGCAUCCACGUCAUCGGCAGAUUUGCUGCAAGAAAGCAAGGAAACACUCGAAAAGCAUAUGCUUAAUAGCCUUUCCUUCUCGGCAUUUCGAGCUGUGGCCCGGCUCAGGUUCGGAAGUAGAGAAAUCGUCCUGGCUCCCUCACGGGCAAACCCGCGCCUGAGCCUGAUCUCUCGACAUCUUGAUCAGAGACUCCCCCUACCGGCUUUAAACACCCCAUUUUCGACCGAGAGGACUGUGUCUGUCGAGCCUGACGACAUUGAAUAUAAACCCCUCCAGAGAACCCCGCCACUCAAUCUCAAAAAUACUGCUGCUCCCACAAGCAAGCACAACGAACCCCGGGAGAAAAUGUCCACCCAAGAGCAUCACUCUACGCUCCUAAUCCCAGGCCCCAUUGAAUUCGACGAUGCGGUUCUUCAUUCUAUGUCCCAUUAUGCUGAGAGCCACGUCGGCCCCGCCUUCGUAAAGACUUUCGGCGAAUGCCUCACCCUCCUACGCAGCCUCUUCCAAACUACAUCCCCAGCCUCCCAGCCUUUCCUCAUCGCCGGCAGUGGCACAUUGGGCUGGGACCUUGUAUCCGCGAACCUGAUCGAGCGCGAAGAAGAAGCCCUCGUCCUGCACACCGGCUACUUUGGCGAUUCCUUUGCCGACUGCCUUGAAACCUACGGUGCUAAAGUCACCCAACUCAAGGCACCCGUUGGCGAACAACCCUCCCUCGACCAGAUUGAGAAAGCCCUGGCUGCAAAAUCCUACAAACUCCUUACCGUCACCCACGUCGACACCUCCACCGGCGUCCUCGCAGAUAUCAAGUCGAUCGCUGCCCUGGCCCGCCGCGUCAGCCCAGAUACGCUGGUCGUCGUCGAUGGCGUCUGCAGCGUCGGCGCCGAGGAGCUUGCCUUUGAUGCGUGGGACCUCGACGUCGUGCUUACCGCCAGCCAGAAGGCCAUCGGCUGCCCACCGGGCCUCAGCAUAGUCAUGGUCUCCGGCCGUGCCAUCCAGUGCUUUGAGAAGCGCAAGUCCCCACCCGCCAGCUACUUCGCUUCCAUGGCGAACUGGCUGCCCAUCAUGCGGAACUACGAAGCUGGCAAAGCCUCCUAUUUCGCUACGCCGGCUACCCAGCUCGUACGCGCCUUGCACACGACCUUGACACAGGUCACCAGCAAGCCUCUGGCGGAGCGCGUUGCGAGACACGAAACUGUGUCGCAGCGUGUUAAGAAGGCCGUUGCUGAGCUGGGACUGCGGCAGCUGGCGACCAAGCCGGAGGACCAAGCUCACACCAUGACGGCCAUCCGAUUACCAGAGGGCAUGACGCCGCCGGAUAUCCUGCCGGUGCUCGCCAAGAAGGGCGUUGUGUUUGCUGGGGGCUUGCAUAAGGAUAUGGCAAGCAAAUACAUCCGCUUUGGGCAUAUGGGGGUUAGCGUGAUGGAUCCCGGACGAGAUGAUAUUGACAAAGCUAUUGUUGCGAUGAAGGAGGCGUUUGCGGAGGUGAAGAAGUAAUUAUAUGUGCCUCCGUGCUGCCAACAUGUUUAUCACAAUGGCAAUAAGCUCUCAAAAACAUGCGUAUAGUUCAAUGCAGCAUCAGAUAUAGAUACUACAUCUCAUGUAAGAAUUGACUACUUUUUGGAUAUUUCACGGGUUGGAGAUGUAAAAAGCAAUGAGAGAAAAUGUAAAGGAAGUAUAAUUCCUUGGGU